UUAAUCUAUGUUUCUAAUGUUUGGGCACGUGCUUCUUGUUUCAGUUUUUUCAACUUUUUACAUUUUUAGUUUUGUUAUCUAAUCUGCUUAACACAAAGAGAGUGUGUCAUAAAAUGAUAACAUUCGAAAUAAAAGUUAAUGAGAAACUUUAAUUGUCCUCUUUUUUAAUUAGUCAGUGGUCAAUUGCUAAUGAAAAUUUUAGGUUAAAUUUUCAAUAGUUUAAUUUAAUAAAUAUGACAUCUUCAAAAAUGAAAACAAUUUUUCUUAGUUUAUUUGAAUAUUAUACACCAAAAAUCGUAUUGAUUAAAAACAAGAAAGUAGGUGUAUUAAACCGAGUUGUACAGUUAUCCAUAAUAAGUUAUAUAAUAGGCUAUGCAAUAAUUUGGAAUAAAGGAUAUCAAGAUUUCAGUACUAUUGAAAGUUCUGUUACAACCAAAGUUAAAGGUGUAAUUUACACAAAUUUUAGCGAUGAUGAAUUUAAUCCUUUAGUUCCUAAUACAAAUGUUUAUCGUCGACUCUGGGAUACAGCAGAUUAUGUUGUUCCUGCUUCUGAAAAUAAUGCAUUUUUUGUUAUCACAAAUGUUGUGAUUACAUCUAACCAAACACAAGGAAUCUGUCCUGAAGAUCCUGAAAUAACUAAAUGUACAACUGAUGCAGAUUGUGUUCCUGGUGGUUCUGUUAUUACGGGCAAUGGAGUUUUCACUGGUAAAUGUAUUACAUCUGAUGUAAACGAAACUGUAACUGUAUGUGAGAUUAAAGCCUGGUGCCCUGUUGAAAGAGAUGUGGAUAUCUUGAAAACCAAGACUGCACUUUUACCAGAAACACAAAAUUUUACUGUACUCAUCAAAAAUUUUGUUGAUUUUCCUAAAUUUGGAAUUAGAAGAAGUAACAUUCCUGAUUUUAAAGAAUCUUCCUAUUUGAAAAAGUGCACUUAUGAUCCAGUAGAAAAUACACUCUGUCCAAUUUUUGUGUUAAAAGACAUAGUCCCUGGUGAUUAUACAGAUUUAGCAAGAAAGGGUGCUGCAAUUGCUGUCGUAAUUAACUGGGACUGUAACUUUGAUUUUGAAGCAUCUAAAUGUUACCCUACAUAUUCUUUUCGAAGAUUAGAUGAGAACUCUAAAAUCUCUCCUGGGUUAAAUUUUAGGUAUGCUCAUUACUACAGUGACUCUCAACGCACAUUAUAUAAAGCCUAUGGAAUGAAAUUUAUUGUUAUGGCUCAAGGUAGAGGAGGAAAGUUUAACCCAGUUCCUCUACUUCUUAAUGUUGGUUCUGGUUUAGGACUCCUUGCUGUGGCUACAAUAUUAUGUGAUAUUGUUGUAUUAUACUUACUCAAAAAGCGAGAUUAUUAUAAAGCUAUGAAAUAUCAGAGCGUUGCUGAUGAUACCGCAAAUAACAAUUUUGUUGGAAAAAGAUUGGAAGGCUCUUUCAAACAAGAUUCUGAAUUUACUAGUUUGAAAAGUACUGGUAGAUAAUAAUUUGGAAACAAUUGUUGAUGUAGUUCAUCAUAUUAAAGCUCAAAAGUUUCAAUUUUAAAAGUUUAAAUUUCAAAUGCAUAUUUUGCAUUUUCAUUUCAUCAAUUUAGACUCACAAAAAGUUGACUUAACAGUACCAUGAACAUGAUUUUGUCUUAUUGUAUUGAUAUGCAUUUAAUAUAGUUUUCUAUUAAAUUAUCAAUUUUAAUUUCAUAAAAAAUCAAUCAUAUUUUAUUGUAAUUAAAUAGCAUAUUGAAAUUAAGAAAUUGCAAUUUUAUUGUAAUUAAUAUAAUAAUUGAAAUUUCUUUUCAUCAGUCUAUUAAAUUGAACAAAGUGCUGGUAUGAAAUUUUAAAUAUAUUAUGCAAAAUUUGAUUUAUGUCAGAUCAGGAUUCUCAAUUUGAUUCUCAAUUAAGCUAUAUCUAACUUCGUAAUUCUCUCAAUUCCUUACAAGUAAUGUGAUAUUUUUAUUACAGUUUUAUUGUCAACCAUUUUUAUUAUCAACCAACUUAAUUUUUGUGUGUAAAAAGUUUUGAUACAUAGACUACAUGAUAUUUCUCUAUACUCGUGCUAUUAAAACAUAUUUAUGUUUUGUUAUACUUAUGAUAAAUAUGCCUAAAAUGUUAAUGGUUAAAAAAUUGUAUGUUGUUUUUCAUAUUGGAUAUUAUUCUUUGAAAGAAAUGUUCAAAAAAUAUUUUGUAAACUUAAAGUGUCAUAAAUUAGUGCCAUAUUCAUAAGUGCCAUUCUUCAUAAAAAAAAUUUUUUAUUGGUGUAAAGCGGAAAAUCUUAAGAAUGUCUAAAAUUAGAAUCUAAUACUUGAUACAUUGUAAAGAAAAUGUUAGAAUUUAUGGACUUCACAAAAAAUGUGAAUGAAACCUGUGAUUUUUUUUAUAUUUUUAAAUAUUGUAUGCCUGGCAAGUAGGGUUGGGGUUUGCUGAUGUUAUUUAAUAUAUCUAGUCAAAUUGUGUGUGUGUUGAAUUUUACUUAAAAUGGCGAUUGCAUGGAAUACUAGUACGAGAUGUUUUUUUUUAUAUGGAGUGUUUUGAAUGUGAUUGUUUUGCCCCAUUCAGAUUUAUAUACAUUUGUUGUAAUUGAUUAUAAUAAAAAAUUUGAAAUUUU